AUGUCUUACGCCGACGCAGCUGCAAAGGGCCCUAAGCAGUCCCCCGAGGAUGUAUGUAUUCAAACUCAUAUAUCUACAUUACGCCGCGCUCCCCCUGUGGGCGGAAUCUACCGCGAUGAAUCCGAGAGCACAGCCUCGUUGAUCGACGUUGAUGGCCCUCAUGUUCAGACUGUGGAAUCUGACUUCCUGAAGCACGAUGUCCAAACCAGCACCCAGGCGGAGCGGAUAGACCGCGAAGCCGAGGAUAAGGAGAAGCGUGAGGACGAGGAAAAGAAGAAGGCAAGGAGCCAAAAGGCGAAGAGCAGUGGCAUCUGUGGAAACGCCAGUAACCCUGUCUUUAUCGCCAAUGCCGCUAUCGCAACCGUCGUCGGCGCAGGCCUCGGCUUUGGUGCCUACAAGCAACACGCGCGGGGCAACCUCUCCUGGGAGCUGGUCGGACUCUCUGCCGGUGCUGUCGGAAUCUUUGGUGCUGUGGACUACUUUGUCAGCAAGUGGUUCUUGCAGAACAAGUUCCCUCCCAAAUAG